AUGCCCACCAUCAUCUCAAAGUUCGCGAAGAAAUCGUUCGACACGCUCGAGGGUCUCGGCUACUCGAGGGAGUUCGUGUCGAAGGGUUUGAUAACGGGCGCGGUCGCGCUGUACUGUCUGCGGCUCACCUACCCGGUGGUGAAGGAGCGGAUCGGCGCCGCAAAGGCCGGCCCUCCGGCCCAAGGCAACGCCCCGGGUCGCAAUGAGAACAACAACAACCUCACCAAGCAACCCCCGCAGGAUCCGGAGGCGAAGAAGGAGCAGAUCAUCAUCGAAAAGCGCAACCGGCGCAGACCGCCGCAGCCGGGCCUCAACCUGGACUUCCUGCUGCAGCUCCGGCAGCUGAUCCGCAUCAUGGUGCCCCGGUUCCUGUGCGAGGAGUCCGGCCUGCUCGCCGUGCACACGCUCUGCCUGGUGUCACGUACCUUUCUCAGCAUCUACGUCGCCUCGAUGGAGGGCGCGAUCGUGAAGUUCAUCGUGCGCAAGGACGUGCGGAACUUUGUGCUGAUGCUGCUGAAGUGGUUCGGCAUCGCCAUCCCGGCCACCUUCAUCAACUCGAUGAUCCGCUACCUGGAGAACAAACUGGCCCUGGCAUUCCGAACUCGCCUCGUGAAGCAUGCGUACGACAUGUACUUUAAGAACGAAACCUACUACAAAGUGUCAAACCUGGAUGGGCGCAUCGAAAACGCCGACCACCGGCUGACGGACGACAUUUCGACGUUCUCGAGCUCGGUGGCGCAUCUGUACAGCUCGCUGACGAAGCCUUGCUUCGAUUUGCUGCUAAUCGGCAUCGCAAUGGCCCGCUCGUCCCGCCGCAUGAAGGCCAACAUCGUGAUGGGCCCGGCGCUGGCGACCGUCGUCAUCGGUACCACCGCCCACAUCCUCCGGAUAGUGUCGCCCAAGUUCGGCCAGCUGGUGGCGGAGGAGGCCAACCGGACCGGCUACCUGCGCCACGUGCACUCGAAGAUCAUCACCAACGCGGAGGAGAUCGCGUUCUACGGCGGCCAUAAGGUGGAACACGCGCAGCUGCAGGAGGCCUACUCGCGGUUGGUCGGUCAGAUGAACAACAUUUUCACGCAGAAGCUGUGGUUCAUCAUGCUCGAGCAGUUCUUCAUGAAGUACGUCUGGUCGGGCACCGGCAUGGUGAUGGUGUCGCUGCCAAUCCUAACGGUCGGUGCCGGCGGUCAACCGGUCAGCCCCGAACAGAGCAACCUGAUCAAGUCGGACGAGACGGGCGUCAGCGAGCGGACGCAGUACUUCACGACCGCCCGCAACCUGCUGCUGAGCGGCGCCGACGCCAUCGAGCGUCUCAUGUCGUCGUACAAGGAGAUCGUGGCACUGGCCGGCUACACGAGCCGCGUGGCCGGAAUGUUCGAGGUGUUCGAGGAGGUGAACCGAGGUGUCUACCGUAAGACGACCCUCUACACCGAGGAGCGUAACCUGGACGGCAUCCUGGAGUUCCGCGACGGCCAGCCGGUCGCGAAAGGUUGCAUCGUGUACGCGGUUGACCCCAAAGACAGUAGCAUCUCGCUGGAGAACGUGCCGGUGGUGACGCCCAACUGUGACAUCGUCGUGCCGAGCAUCAGUCUCACGAUCGAGCCUGGCAUGCAUCUGCUCAUUACCGGCCCGAACGGGUGCGGCAAGUCGAGCCUGUUCCGUAUCCUCAGCGGCCUGUGGCCCAUCUACGCCGGCACGCUGCGCAUCCCGCGCUCGUCCGACGGCAAAGCGAGCAUGUUCUACAUUCCCCAACGGCCGUACAUGUCCUGCGGUACGCUGUUAGACCAGGUGAUCUACCCGGACACGCGCAAAGAUAUGGAGGCGAAGCAAAUCACCGAGGGCCAGCUGCGCGAUAUCAUGCGAAUGGUGUCACUCGAACAUAUCGUUGAUAGGGACAGUUUCGAUGAGAUUCGUGACUGGAAGGAUACGCUUUCCGGAGGCGAAAAACAGCGCAUGGCUAUUGCGCGAUUAUUUUAUCAUAGACCUAAAUAUGCAUUGCUGGACGAAUGCACCAGCGCUGUUUCAAUCGACGUGGAAAGCUGCAUCUACGAGACGGCCAAAUCUAUGGACAUUACGCUUUUAACAAUCACCCAUCGACCGACGUUGUGGAAAUUCCACACGCACAUCCUACAGUUCGACGGACAGGGCGGUUGGGUGUUUGAGAAGUUGGAAGAUGGUGCCCAGCAAAAAGUUCCUAUGCUGAAGUCCAACCAACCGUCGUCCGGCAACUAACGAACGACCUCGGGCGCCCUGUGCCACGUAUCCAUCACAAGUACGCAGCCGACACGGGCGGUCCUGGCCCCGGUUGAAGAAGGGGAAGAGCCUUAUUGUAUAAAUGGAAGUGACGAGAUUAUUUGAAAGUAUUUUUUUUUUAUUAUUCCGUUCUGUUACAAACAACAAAGCAUUACGCCAAAAAUCAGUCAAAAAAUCGGGAUAGAUGUAGUGUUAUGGCAAUCAUGGCGACGAGUGCGGGAGACAAUUUAAACACUUUUGUACGAGCCGGAGCAUUCGUAACGAAGAAUCCAGCUCGUGGGUAGUUGGGUUUAUGUUUAGCGGCGAAGAACGCGUGGUCUGUGAAUAGUGUAAUACUUUGAAUGUUAGUUUUUUACUACUUGUACUUAGUGCAAUGACAAAUAAAGAUAAAGAACU